GAUUAACGAACCGGGUAUUUGGGUUUUGACCUUAAACCCUUUGUCGCGUGAGGAAACCCUAGUCUCCUUAGACGACGAAGGCAUCUUCUUCUUCGUCUUCGAUUGCUCUGCUCAGGAUCAAAAAUCGUCGGUUUAGUUCUCCGGUUACAAGUUUUGUCCCUGCAAGGAAUUGGAUCUUCAAUGGAGGGGUUAAAGCUAUCAGAAGCGGAAUUGAUGAUUUAUAUUCAUCCUUCGAAAAGCAGAAACGUUUUUCAGGCGAUUUGUCGAGAGCUCAGUUCUCUUCUAUUCCAGUAUAAUGAAACCUUUGAUGGCGUUCUACUGGCUUAUGAUGCUACUGUCAAAAGCAAACAAGCUAAAAUCCUUGCAGGACUUCAUCCUUACUUUGGCGUCAGAGUUAACACUAGACUACUCCUUUUUGAUCCUAAGCCCAAAAGUUUUGUAGAAGGGAAAAUUGUGAAGAUUUCUCCAGAGUCAAUCCAUGUUAUUGUUCUUGGCUUUUCUGCUGCAGUCAUUACAGACGUUGAUAUCCGGGAAGAGUUCAAGUACAGAGUGAGAGAUGGUGAAGGUUCUUUCGUGAGCAGAUCGCAUAAACGGCAUGCACUAAAGCUUGGAACUAUGUUGCGCCUUCAAGUCCAAAGUUUUGAUGAAGAGGUAAUGCAUAUAGCUGGAUCUCUACUUCCCGAAAACACAGGAUGCGUUAAGUGGCUCGAAAAUAAGUCUGAGGAAGCUUUGCAUACGGAUAGGGAUCAUAAAAGGAGGAAAAUCGCCUGAGGAAUUAUGAAAAUACAAAACAAUAGAUUGAAAUGAAGAUAAACAGCUAUGCUGAAUUUUUGUUGUAUCAGAUCCUGUGAUAUUAACUCUUUUUAUCAUUAAACUAUUGUCCUAUGUCACCUUUCAUU